AAUCUUAUGAGGCGCUACAAGAACAAAUGUUUUGAAUGUUUCUGCUGAAGAUAAAAUAGCUGGAGUGAAGAACAAGAUAACUAUAACAAAUGAUAAGGGAAGGUUGAGUAAGGAAGAGAUAGAGAAGAUGGUGAAAGAUGUAGAGAGAUAUAAGGCAGAGGAUGAAGAGGUGAAGAGGAAAGUGGAGGCGAAGAAUUCGCUCGAGAAUUAUGCUUAUAAUAUGAGGAAUACUAUUAAGGAUGAGAAGAUUGGUGGAAAGUUGGGUUCUGAUGAUAAGGAGAAGAUUGAAAAGGCUGUGGAAGAGGCUAUUCAUUGGUUGGAGGCAAAUCAGUUGGCUGAAAUGGAUGAGUUCGAGGAUAAGCAGAAGGAGUUGGAAGGAAUUUGUAAUCCUAUUACUACUAAGAUGUAUCAAGGUGGUGCUGGUGGUGAUGUGCCUAUGGGAGAUGGUAUGCCUGGUGGUGGUGCCUCUAACGGGGCAAGUUUUGGAGCUGGACCUAAGAUUGAAGAGGUUUGACUAAAGAAGUUAGGGAGGGACAUGUUUUUGAAACCUUGUUUGUGUCUAAUGGGGUACUAUGAAAAAUGUCUUGUGUCCUGUUUAAUGUUAUAUUAGAGAAUGUAGGC